GUGGCCCAGUCCGAGGACCUGAACGAGGACAAGUGUCUGGACCAGACAGAGUUCCUGGCGGCCUUUGUGAGGGCACAGUGUGGAGGGUACGGGCUGACUGAGGAGACUGCUGUGGCUACAUUCAGGAUGCUCCGCGGCAACGGCACGGUGGGCGGCCCCAGCUGUGACGGCCUCCCUUUCAGCAUGUUCGAAAAACUCACCCUCAAGACCUCCGACUUCAUCGACAACAACCUCAUGACCCUCAUCAACAUGUGUGAAGCGGACCGCCAGCUGUACACCGAGAACCGGGACUGUAGCCACCUGCUGGUCACCUGUACCACGUCCCGCUACUCUCACUCCCGGGCCUGUAGGUACUACGUGGACAUGGUCACUCAGGGACUCUUCAGCUUCGACUACUGACCUCUCUGUCCACUCCGUCAACUCUCAGAUGUCUCCUGCUAUCCUCGUUAUACCGAGGGAUGGGGGAAGCGACAGAACCUCUCCCAACACGACCCGUGUGUUAACAAAAAUUAGUAUCAUUAUCGGGACCUUUUUUCUGAAAAUGAAUUUUUAAAAACUUCUGACGUCACUCAAUUUUGCGACGUCUAAGCUGUCGUCUGAUUUCGACAUAGCCUGGAAUGUUCCUUGGUAAUAUCAAGAGACGUCUUCAACCAUCUUUCCAGGCGAUUAUGUUAGGUGUCAAAUGGAAGGAAUAUUGCGAUGUUUUCUCUGAAAAAGAAUUUUUUGACUUCUCACAACCCUCGUUUUACAAUCUCUGUCCCAGUCUUUGAACAUCUCCCAAGAAAAGUCUGGUCAGGAAAAGUUAACCACGAUAGUUUUUCAGAAAAAGACUGUUGCUCGCCAGACACUGACGACAUGGGAGAACAUUCGUCUGCCUUAUCUGCUAAAGCACGUGAUUGUUUUAUUUUUUUCAGUUUCAAAUAUUCUUUUCUACACUUGAUUAUUCUUUGACAAGAUUAUUUAUUGCUCAUUUGGUUGUUGGUUUGAAGCAAUACGAAAUCAAUAAAUAACGGGUUUUUUCAUAUCUGUCAA